CACUCUGGUGUUUCCUGCUUCAGAAGGAACUCAGUCAGUUUCUCAUCAGUGUGACUCACAGCUGCUGAGGAUGGAAGCUCGUAUCUUCAACGUCCUGACGCUCUGCUGCCUCAUCCAGGGCUCUCUGCAGGGUGUGUAUCAGCGGCGUCUCUACAAGGAGCUGAUGAGAAACUACAACCCUCUGGAGCGACCGGUUCACAAUGACUCCCACAGUCUGACCGUCCACUUCAGCUUCAGCCUCCUGCAGAUCAUGGACGUGGACGAGAAGAACCAGGUCCUGACGACCAACAUCUGGCUGCAGCUGUACUGGACAGAUCACUACCUGCAGUGGAACAUGUCGGAUUAUCCAGGUGUGACCAACGUCCGUUUCCCCGACAACCAGGUCUGGAGACCUGACGUCCUCCUGUACAACAGCGCUGACGACAGGUUCGAUGCCUCCUUCCACACCAACAUCCUGGUGAACUCCACCGGGUACUGUCAGUACCUGCCUCCAGGAAUCUUUAAGAGCAGCUGCUACAUCGACGUGCGCUGGUUUCCCUUCGACGUGCAGCGCUGCGACCUGAAGUUCGGCUCGUGGACGUACGGCGGCUGGUCUCUGGACCUGCAGAUGAUCGAGGCCGACGUCACCGGAUACAUCGCCAACGGAGAGUGGGACCUCGUGGAGGUUCCCGGCCGCAGGAACGAGCGUUUCUACGACUGCUGCAAGGAGCCGUACCCUGACGUGACCUUCACCGUGGUGAUGAGGAGGAGGACGCUCUACUACGGACUCAACCUCCUCAUCCCCUGCGUCCUCAUCUCCACCCUCGCUCUCCUCGUCUUCCUGCUGCCCGCCGACUCCGGAGAGAAGAUCUCGCUGGGUAUCACCGUGUUGCUCUCUCUGACGGUCUUCAUGCUGCUCGUCGCUGAGAUCAUGCCGGCGACGUCAGACUCUGUUCCUCUGAUAGCUCAGUACUUUGCCACCACCAUGGUGAUCGUGGGUCUGUCUGUCAUCGCGACGGUUCUGGUUCUGCAGUAUCAUCACCACGACCCUGAUGGAGGACACAUGCCACAGUGGACCCGUGUUAUCUUGUUGAACUGGUGCGCCUGGUUCCUGAGGAUGCGGCGUCCCGGUGAGGCGAAGGUCCGUCUGGCGUGUCACAACGCCACCAAGCGUCGGCGCUUAAGCGUCUCCAGCCUGGAGCUCAGCGUCAGCCAGGGGUCACUGCGACGCCACCCACAGGUAACCAAUGGCAACCUGCUCUACGUCGGAUUCCAGGGCGUGGAGGGUUUGCACUACGCCACGCCCACCGAGCCCGAGCUCCUGUGUCCGCAGCUGGUGGGAGGCGGCAUGGGUGGCGAGGAGGAUGCGGAGCUUAACCAGAUCCUGGAGGAGGUCAGGUACAUCGCCGGGCGUUUCCGGGGGCGGGACGAGGACGAGACGGUCUGCAGCGAGUGGAAGUUUGCUGCGGCGGUGAUCGACCGCUUGUGUCUGGUGGCGUUCUCGCUCUUCACCAUCCUCUGCACCAUCGGAAUCCUCAUGUCGGCCCCCAACUUCGUGGAGGCCAUUUCCAAAGACUUCUCCAGCUGAGGCGAGCGCUGAGCCACCAACUCUGUAUUUCCACUUCUGUCCACAAACCAACGUGUCCCAGGUCAGCGGCUCCUACGGAAGACGUUGAUCUUUGAAAUCACUCGAAGUUUGAAGCUGUUCACGUUUGGUUUUAUCAAAUUCGUGUUGUUUAAAAUCACAAAAAGAAUCAUUUUACCUCGUGUGUUGAAUUUCAAUCUAGUGAAUUUAGUAAAUAUCCUUUUCUAUUAGCAGCCGUUGAUAUGAAUCAUUUUAAACUUUACAAUAAUAGUUCUUUAGUGGAUUUCUUGAUAAACUCAACAUUUUUCCAUGUUAGCUCAGAGAUAACUGUUUGUUUACGUUUUGUGUUUAUUUGGAGCGUCCGUUGUGUUCGUCUUUAGAAAUAAUAAUGUUCCCGAGAUGCAAUAUGCACACGAG